GGCGGGGCGGGGCGGGAGGCGCGGAGCAGGCCGGGAGGGGCGGUGGUGGCGGUGGAGGUGGUGGCGGCGGCCAGGCGGGAGCGGCCAUGCUGCGGCGGAAACCGACGCGCCUGGAGCUGAAGCUGGACGACAUCGAGGAGUUCGAGGGCGUCCGGAAGGACCUGGAGGGCCGCAAGAAGCAGCGGGAGGAGGCGGAGGCGGCGGCCGGCGAGGAGGCGGCGGCGGCGGCGGCCACGGCGCUGGCGCUGGGCACGGAGCACAAAAGCCGCGAGCAGCUCGUCAACGAGCGCAUCGGCUACAAGCCACAGCCCAAGGCCGGCGGCCGCGCCGCGCACUUCGGCACCUUCGAGUUCUAGCGGCCGGCCCCGAGCCGGGGUUGGGGGCUGCCCGGGGCUCCCCUCAGCCCCCCCUCGGCUGCUUCGUGUGAAAUAAAUGCGGGUUUUUUUAUCA